AUGGCUCAGCAUCUGUAUGCCGCGGCCCUGGCUGUCGGCCUGCUCGUCUUCUUUGUUGUCUAUCCAGUUGUGCAGCACUUUAGAGAUCCAAAGGGCCUCCGAAGAUUUCAGAAUAUGAGCACCUUUUCCGGCAUAUCAUCUCUUCCAUUCAUGAUUCUUGCGCACAAGGGUUUCCGGUCAAAGCGCCUCGAAGAGCUCCACCGCAAGCAUCCCGUGAUCCGUACUGGCCCGAACAGCUUGUCCUACGGCGAUGUGCGUGCGAUUAAAGAUAUCUACGGCCACAACACCAAGUGCACCAAGGACGAUGCGUACGUCUUGACGGCAGGGACACACUUCCACCUCGCAGAUGUAAUCGACAAGGGUGACCACGCGCGCAAGCGCAAAGUACUAUCCUCGGCGUACGCAAUCAAGAACCUCGAGAACUGGGAGCAUAAGGUCGCGGACAAGACGGAGCGCCUAAUUGCACAGUUCGACCGGCGGUGCACAGCUCCGCUUCCCGCAGGCCAGAACCCCGCGCCUGAGGACCUUACCGUCGACUAUCGCGCGUGGACGAACUUCUUUACACUAGAUGCCAUCGCGGAUAUCGGGUUGUCAGAACGCCUUGGCUUCCUCGACCAAGGCACCGACCGCUGCUUUGCCCAGCGCGGCGAUGGCUCUACCUACGAGGUCAACUUCCGCGACUGCCUCUACGAGACGGCCCACAAGCAGUCGCUUCUCCUCUGGAACUACAAUUGGUACCCUGUCAUAAAUAAACUCACGAACAUCAUCCCGUUCUACGGGCGUAUGGGCCGGCUCGCCCGCGACUGGGACGGCGUCGUGCUGCGCCGCGCUGCCGAGCGCCUGAAACGGUAUCAGGCUGGCGAGAAGCUAGACGACUUCUUCCAGGCGCUAAUGGAGGACAAGAACGAACACCCGAACAACCUUGAGUGGGGCGAAAUCGUGGCGGAGGUCGGCAUCAUGUUGAACGCGGGGAGUGCAACGACAGCCAUCGCGAUGGCCAAUGUCAUGCAUCAGCUCCUGAAGCCGGAGCAUAGACGCAUCCUACAACAGCUUCGCGAGGAGAUCGACGCCGUCCUCGACGAUGACGACAUCAUCGCGCCGUAUGAUAAGGUCAAACAUCUUCCUUACCUCCGGGCUUGCCUCGACGAAUCCCUCCGCCUCUUCCCACCCACGCCGCAGGGUCUCGGCCGUAAGAUUCCCUCAGAGGGGGUGUACAUUCUCGGUGAUUACAUACCUGGUGGGACCUCUGUCAGCGUAUCUGCAUACGUCGCGCAUCGACAAGAAUCUGCCUUUCCGCAGGGUGAUAAGUUUAUCCCCGAACGGUGGCUCGGCGAGCAGGGUAAGGCGCUUCAGCCAUAUUUCCUCGCAUUUUCAGCGGGUGCGAGGGGCUGUAUUGGCCGGAAUAUCUCUUAUCUCGAGCAGAUGGUUCUGCUGACUAGUUUGUUGCACCGAUAUGAAUUUGCGCUGCCGAGGGGUGACUGGGAGAUAGGGAGGUUGGAGACGAUGAACUUGUUGUUGGGUGAGAUGCCGGUAAAGGUAUGGAGGAGACAGCCGGUGAAGGUAAACUGUUAG